AGGGUUGUCACAAGAGAGUUAAGUGCCUUUUUAAAAAGGUUCCAAAAUCUGCGCAGUUGACACCAAAGACAUCUCAAACGGAAUAGCCACAUGGGAGUUAUGGUAUAACUUGUCACUUGAGUAGGACCAUAAUUUGAUAGGACCUCCUACCCUUUUACACCGGCGAUUCUACAGUCAAAAAGAAGGAAAAUGGACCCAAAAUUAAAUUCGUCACAAGAAUCCGUUGGGAGCUGCUUGACCAGAUGUAAAGAUAAAAAAGUCUUAUUGGUUGAUACUAAUGGAAAAGCGACGACAUUUUGGUUGUUUAGUCUAAGACGUCCGCACAUGCGGGCAUUCCAUGCUUCAUGGAUCGGAUUCUUUUUUGCGUUUUUAGGUUGGUUCUGUGUUCAGCCGUUGAUUCCAUACAUCAAGCAAGAUCUCAGUCUAAAUGACGAGGAAGUAGCCAAUUCGGGUAUAGCAGGGGUUGCAGCAGUGGUUUUUGUUCGGAUCAUGGCGGGUCCGAUCUGCGAUCGCUUUGGUGCAAGGCGCGUAAUGGUCAUUCUCCUCGUGGCUGGAUCGAUUCCUGUAGGCCUUGCAGGUCUCGUCACGAACGGAGUUGGACUGGUCAUCGUUCGUCUUUUCAUCGGCAUCCUUGGAGGUGUGUUCGUCCCAUGUCAAUUUUGGACCAUCAGUAUGUUUAGUAGCAACAUUGUCGGGAGCGCAAAUGCCUUGGCGGGCGGCUGGGGGAACCUUGGCGGUGGUGUCACGUUUCUCCUCAUGCCCGUCCUAUACAGAUUAAUCUCGCUCUCAGGGAUCAAUUCAUCUGUGGCAUGGAAAGUCACUCUGGUAAUUCCUGCAGCAGUUGGCUUCAUUCUUGCUCUUCCUUAUUGGUUCCUUACGGAUGACUGUCCGCAAGGUCCUUGGUACCUGAGAAAAAGAGCACAAAAGAACACCAAUGACGUCAUUCAACACGCCAAUGAUAAUCUAGCAUAUGCUGCCUCAACAGAUGGUGAUGCUGAUGGCCAUACAGCACAUAGAGCACCACAUGGCACAAGUUCGACUAUUGCAGCAACUGAAAUGAUUGGAAACCUUAGCAACAUCGAAAGGAACACUUUACCUCAAUAUGAUGGCGGUUGGCGUGGACAUAUUGGGUUUAGGAUAUUGGCAAUAUCUAUACUUUUCAUGCAGUAUGCAGCUUCAUUCGGGGUCGAAAUAUCAGUGAACAGUAUUCUGAACAUUUAUUUAUUGAGAAGGUUCAGAACACCCGGAUGUAACGUCACAGGCCCAAAUGGCGAAGAUCCCGAAUACAAAUGCAGCGUUCUGACUCCUGAGACUGCCAGUCUUAUAACAUCAAUUUUUGGUCUCAUGAACCUUUUUGCACGGUUUACUGGAGGUCUUUUAUCAGAUAUUCUGCAUGAACGAUUCAAUUUAUCUGGUCGAAUUAUGGUUCAUUUUGUUGUGUAUGUAUUGGAAGGCUUGUUAAUGAUCGUAUUUGGUUCAAUGGAGACCAUACCCACUGCUAUCGUUGUCCUAGUUCUGUGGAGCUUCUGUGUUCAGAAUGCAGAGGGCACCACCUACUCAUUGAUUCCGUUUGUUUGGCCCGAAAGGGUCGGUGUUGUUGCCGGUAUUGUAGCCGCUGGAGGAAAUUUAGGAGGAUUUUGUUGGAACUUUCUCUGGAGAUAUAGCCUUAAUAACAUGUCCCAGUACUUCACGAUUAUUGGCUGCUUUGUCAUUCUUAUGGCUUUGCUCAACAGUAUCUUGAUAGUUAGGAACUAUCACAUUACCGAUCCUUUAUUUAAGAGUCAAAAGUUUAUCAAUGGAGAAAAAACUCUGUCUCGCGAUCGAAUAAGCAUAAAGAAUACAGGACUAGAGCAGGUCCAUUCCUUUGACGUUACAAAACUAUAAACAAUUAUUCUUGUUUCUUUUCUUAUUUCUGACUUAGAUCAUCGAUACACUAAAUGAACUAGAAUUCUUUUACUUUUGAUUAUUUAUUCAUUAUUAUCCAAGAUAUGAAUCCUGUAGUAAAAAAAUGCCAGAAUCAUGUAUUUAGGUAUAGAAAUGAUUAUGGAC